AUGUCUCAAUUACCCAACCAUAUAAUUCCAAGAUUAAACAGUAUUGGAGAAAAAAAUCGUGAAAGGCAAUUAAUGAUACAAUUACCUCGCCAAGACUUAUCUAUAGCUUAUUGUAAACAUUUACGUACUCCACAAGAAAGACGUUUAUAUGAAGAAUUUGUUAAUGCUAGAAAUGAAGUUGCUUUAGAUAUUGGGCAUGUUAAUGCUAAUAUUAGUAAAGCUAUGGAAUGUCGUAAAUGUAGAGGUGUUGUAGAACGUAAUGAAAUGGCUGUUAUAGCACCAAAAUUGGGUGAAAAUACUGGUUGGCAUGCUGCUUGUUUUGUUUGCCAAACUUGUGAACAGUUGCUUGUUGAUCUCACAUAUUGUGUUCGUGAUGAAAAAGUUUAUUGUGAACGCCAUUUUGCUGAAUUACACAAACCUAGAUGUUCUGCUUGUGAUGAGGUAGGGGGUGAAAAAAAUAUUUUUAAAUAA